CCGACCGAUUUUUCAACACAAUACGCGGUACGCGGAUGGGAUGCGCUACCGAAAUGAACAUCGUUCCCGGAUCGGACCGUUCCGCCAGCAAAGAACGACCCGCUCCGACCAAUCGGUGCGCCACCACUAUCGACACAGAGCAGCUCAAUUGUGCAGAACGCUGUCGCUCGGCUAUCGGAGGAAAAAAUGGUUUUUCUAGUGGUUAAAAGGUUUUAAGGUGCGCUAUUGAUGUAACCGACCCAAUGCACAACAGUAUGCAGAGGCUGGGCAGCAUAAUGUGCGAUGUGAACGGAAAUGUAUCGCACGACGAGUAGGUGAAUGGUGUCGACCGAAUGCUACAUCCGGUACGGUACUUUGAUGGAAGCAUCUUUUUAAAGAAAAUUGGAAACCGCGCGAGCUGAACUGAAACGGAAGCCAAAGUGUAGAGCGCGUUUAUCGCCGAACGACAAAAGGGGGAAAAAAGACGUAGCGGCCGUAGCGGGUGGUGGGAGCUUGGGAAGGCAACGGGAAGCAGCAGCAUCAAUCUCUCCCCCCCCCCCCCUGGUUUGGUGGACCCCGAAAAGGGUGGACAGAAAGGCCGGAGCGCAGUGAGCGCCCUUUUCUUCCGCCGUGGUGCGUGGUUAGUGCGCGUGCGUGCGUGAGUGCGUGCCGUGUGUGUGUGUGUUCGCGCGCCCUUGUUCCGUGUGCUCGCGAGUGUGUGUGCGUGCGUGCGCGCUGUUUUCCGUGUGCUGCUGCGCCGUGCGUGUGUGGCGCCAUUCCGACGUGCUUUCGCGAGCCGUGCCAGUGUAAGUGUGAGUGUGUGCGGGGAGGUUUUUUUUGGUGUGUGCUUUCUCGGUUGUUUGGAAACGGCAGAUAACGCCAACGCGAAGCGAACGGCGGCUGGCGGGCGGUGUGGAAGUGAAAGCGAAGGGUAUGCGCGCGCGUUUUUCUGCCGUACCGUGGCUUUGUGGUUUGCUUGCCGCGUUGCAUCCCUGCCUGGCGAUGCUGUGUGCGUGAGUGUAGUGUGUGUGUCUAUGCGUUUGUGUGUUUGUGCACACAUGUGCCUGCAAAAAGGGCUAACAGAGCAGAGCAGUAGCUGUAGCAGCGUGAAUGCACGUUUCCCGGGUGCACGUUUUGCGUACCAGCAGGGAAGGAAGAGCGGAGAAGUGUUCGAAUACUGUCGGCUGAGAAGCGCAAAGUGCUGUAACGCUGCUGCGUACGCUGCAGUGUGCCACCCAUGUGCCCGGGUGGUGAAGAAGGCGGAGGAGACGGAGCAAGCAGGAGACCGUGAGAAUUUGCUCGCGUAUCCUUUUUUGUUGUUUUAAGCCCCCGGCCCCGGGGAGGGAAGGGAAGCGUAGAGCGUAGUGGAAUCAUUUGGAAAGAAAGAACGCGCGACACCGUUGACGGACGGACGGUCAUUGCGAAGACGACCCCCGGUUGGAUUGUUGGGAGAGAAGAUAAACACAUACGAACAGAGAGACGUACGAAGCGAAAUAUUAAACACAAAAACACCGUGAAAAGAAAGCUCGAGACGAAGAUCUACAUCGAGUCCACCUCGUCUUGUAGUUCAAUUGCUAGUCUCAAUUUUGUGCAGCAUAGAUUGGAUAGCGCGCAACACGGUGUCGUCCUGCGCUACUCCGUUCCCAGCAAGCAUCGUGCCAUCGGUGGAACACAUCCACCACCAGCGUGAAAGCGUCCCAUCCCAAAAAAAAACCCAAAACGGCUCGUGAAUGAUGUCCGUGCAGCAGUACUGUCUACGGUGGAACAACCAUCAGCCGAACUUCAUCUCGGUCUUCUCGACGCUGCUGCACAAUGAGAGCCUGGUCGACGUUACGCUGGCCGCCGAGGGGCGGCAGCUGCAGGCGCACAAGGUCGUCCUGUCGGCCUGCAGCUCCUACUUUCAGUCACUGUUCACCGCCAAUCCCUGCCAGCACCCGAUCGUGAUACUGAAGGACGUGCAGUACAACGACCUGAAGACGAUGGUCGACUUCAUGUACUACGGCGAGGUGAACGUGUCGACCGAGCAGCUACCCCAGGUGCUCAAGACGGCCGAAAUGCUCAAAAUCAAAGGGCUGGCAGAGAUGCCGGACGCGUCCGCCGUGUGCAAGGCGGACCUCAGCAAGCUCGAUCCGUCCGAACUGAUACAGGCGGCGAACGUUAUACCCGGUGCAGCCGGCGAUGCGAUAUGGGGCAGUGCCGAAUCUCAGCAGCAAGCGCAGCAACAGCAGCAACAGCAGCAGCAACAACAGCAGCAGCAGCAACAGCAGCAGCAGCAGCAACAGCAGCAGCAGGCACAACAUCAGCAGCAGUACCAACACCAGCAGCAGCAGCAGCAGCAGCAGCAGCAACAACAGCUACACCAGCAAACCCAGCAGCUGCGACGAUCGCCUUCCCCCACGACCAAUAUGUCACCCGCGGCACGAAGGAAACGGUUACGGAAGACGUCAACCGGAUCCGGCUCCAUCUCCUCCGAGCGGCUGCAGCAGCAGCAGCAACAGCAGGCCGCUGCAGCAGCUGCUGCCGUUGCCGCCCAGCAGCAGGCGGCCGCCGUAGCAGCGGCCGCAGCAGCCGCCGCCGCCGCUCAGCAGCAGGCGGAGGAGCAGCAGCAGCAGCAACAGCAGCAGCAGCAGCACGGGGCCGGUGCGGACCCGAGCACAAUCAAUCUCGUGCCGCACCUACACAUCCAGCAGCAGGUGGACAACAUAUCGUACGGCACGGCGACGACGGGGCACGGUGCGCUAGCGCUGGGCGCAGCCGCCGCCGUUGCCGCAGCCGCGGCCGCCGCGGCCGGGAACAACAUCCGCAUCAUCAAGGAGAGCCCGAGCUCGGACGUCGACCAGCAGCAGCACGAGUCGUCGCAGGAGAGCGUGGACGAGACGGGCCACCACAUGCCGAGCAUUAUCAAAACGGAAGACCUUAGUGGGGUGGCGCAGACCAUACCGAUGGACAUCUCCACGACACCGACCGCUGUAAACAUAACGCAAUCGCAAUCACAACAUACCGUGGCUGACAUGGCACGAAUGGCGCUCGGACUAGUGCCCGGUCAAUCGUCCUCCUCAACGUCGAGCGGUGCGUCGGAAUCGAGCGUCGGCACCGGUAGCGCUGGCAGCAGCGAACAGUCGACCGCCACGUCCGGUGGCCAUAUCGUAAGUUCGGGCCCGAAGCGAGGCCGCCUACUGAUACGCCAGCAGCGCAUCAAGAAGGAGAGCGAUUCGUCGUCGGCCGGGCCGCAACCGUACGAACCGGACACACCGUCGGACGACAACAGCCCGACGGCACAGUACGGCCAUCAGAACCUGUUGACCGUGCCGUCGCACCAUCGGUUCGAGCGGCAGGUGUCCGAACCGAUCCUGCCACUGUCGUCGAUCGCGUCGUCGGGCCGCCAGAACUCGACCGAUCGGGCCCACGGCCAUCUGCUGUCCGUUCCCUCCAACACCACCACCACCACCACCCAGCAGGCGUACCUGGUGAAGCAACACUCGCACCCACUGCUGCCGAGUCAAACGUCGGGCGGAGGUCACGGCGCCACCGUUUCGUUCGAACCGCUGCAAACGUACACUCUGCAGCGGCAGCUCUCUCACCCUGGUACGGUGCAACGGGGCAGCUCGACACCGCUGACGCUGGUUACGAGUAGCAGCGGCUCGACGCACUACCUCACCCCUUCCUCCUCGCUCAAGACGGACUCGGACGAGGAGGGUGGCAGUGUUCCGGCCACACCGAUAACGGCAAUUCCGACGAUUCAGCUACAGUCGAGUGUGGAUCGGACAGGACCCAGCCCAACGGUUGUUAUUGUACCGGCCGAACCCGUGCAGACAACUGCUACCACAAGCAGCAGCAGCAGCAGUGGCAAUGUAAGCGAACAGUCGUCGUCAAAUACGCCGACCACCAUCACGUCCGCACCGACGAGUACCAUCCGUGUGAAAGGUGAAGAGCUAUCCCGGUCAAUAUCAACACCAUUGACCUCAUCCCGCUCAACCGACAUCCCGGGGCUGGAUAAUCCCCGCUCCAGCCACUGUCCGGUGGUACGCGAAGGGCCCGCCCUUGGUUGCAACUUCUGCUGGAACACGAUCGACGCGCACGGACGGAUCUUGCGCCGCAAAACCAAGUACCACUGUCCGGAGUGUCAGACGAAUCUGUGCAUUGUGCCCUGCUUCCAGGAGUAUCACGAGCGCCAGUCGGCAGAGAAUCCUACCCCAACGAACGACAGCGGUGGCGGUGGCACAAAAUCAGGCCUGCGGCACUACGCCAAAUCGGGUUCGAUGUAAGCCAGACCGAAAGAAGCUAGGAGAAACAGAGAUUUGGAUUUGAAUUUGAACUAUUUGGUACAAACGGAGAAGGUGGGUGACCAAACAAGGGGUGUAGGUACACGAUCGCUCGCCUACGCGUGGGCUCAGAUCGAUCGUACCCGUGUAUUGGAUUUUUGGUGCAAACGCGUUGACAAAAUGCUUUGCCAUGUUUUUAGGAUUUUAGGACGUUUUUGCCGUACUUUCCUUCCACCGUUUGGGUUGGCAGAAGAUGGUGAAAAGCAAAACGAGAAAAACAGCGCGCGACUCAAAACAAGAGCGCUCCUUUGUGUAAUUGGUGUAAUUGGUAGGAUGUUAACGUGUUUUCUGUUUCUUUGUUUGGAUGUUUGAUGUAUUGUUGAAUGAAUAGGGACGAUCACUUCCGAUCACUUUAUGGACACAAACAUCCCAACGAACGGUAUCAAUUGAUGUAAAAAAAAACACGUAGGAUUUAAUUCUAAGGCGAAUAGGUACAUUGAAUAGGUUUGCUCACAGACAGUGAGGCACAAUUCCUCUGGAAUACGGGAUUUUACAGGGGAUCUGAGAGUCGUGGGACACUUUCUGGAUGCUUUCGUGAAGGAUUGGAAUUUUAUAGGUUAGGAAUUGGAUUAUACAGCACCCUUUUUGGGCAAAUCCAAUAGGAAUCCUAUAAGUCUGCCUAAAAUAGGAGCCAUAAAGUCUAAUUCCCUUCAUAUAAUGUUCACCUCCUAUUGGAAACAUAGAAUAAAAUGUCCUACAACUAUGAGAGCCUCUGAAAUCCCCUGUAUUAGGCAAACUGUGUUUCAGAGUGCAGUGAAGGUACUUUUUUCGACAUAUACGAGACAGCAUGUUUUUGGAAAGUUAAUGAAGAAAUGAAAAACUUACUCGCUUAUCGGUGUGUAUUUGUGUGUGAGUGUGUGUGUGCUGAGUGCGUGGUAUGUGUGCUUUAUACUCAAAAUCAUUGGUCAAGACACAGCCAGCCCAAGACAGCCAAUCGGGCAAAGAGACAUCUUUACCACAAGAGUUACCAUUUUGCGGUGGUUCAAAGAAGGUUUAGGGAAGCCGCCAAUGCAUAGCAAAUUGCUAAUGCUAAUGCUAAAGCAAAACAUCUACACAUUAGUAACAAAAAUGUAGUGGAAUGACUGUUUGUAGUAACAAAAAAAGUAGCAUUAAAUGUGCAUUCGUAUUCUGGUAUCCCUAGCGAAAUGUGAAGAGGAAAAUGUAUUUUUCCCAAGCCUUUGUUUUUGUGAUUGGCAACCUGCUAUUGGUGGCCAACAUCUACCCUUCAGGCCAUCCUGAGCUGUAGUUGUUCAUGUAGUUGAAUGACGUUCAGCCUUUUUAUGGUUUCAGUUUUUGGCACACGAAAUAUGGGGCAAAUGCUCUCUCACACACAUACACGGAAGAUUAGCUUCCACGCUGCAGCGUUUUAACGAUGUUCCAGUGAGGACAGUCAGAGCGAACUCCUUGAAAAGCCCAUAUAAAAAUACACAUAUAUAUACAUAUAAUAUAUCGUAUUCAUAUAUACACCUAUGCGCAGACAUAUGACUGCCGUCACAUUGUUGUACCAUGGAUAAGUCUAACUAUUUUUACCAUUUAAUAGAACGUACCUGAAAAAAAUUUGGAGAAUGCAUUGAUCCGUGAGUGUGUGUGUGUGUGUGUGUGUGUGUAUGAAUGUGUGCGUGUAGGAUGUAAUUUGCAUUAAAACGAAAUGAAACAGCUGACAAGGCGCGCUAUACCUUUACGUUUAAUCUACGCGUAUCAUUAAACUAUCACCGUGUACCGGGUUCAGGAGGAUUUAUGAAAUAAUUAAGGACGAGAAGUGAAGAAACCGCGUACAGUGGAGUGUUAGAAACAUUCUGUUCUCCUUCUCUGCUCCCAGCAAAUAGCGAGACGGUUUGGAUAUUUUUAUAAGCGAUAUUUAAACGAAAAUCAUACCACACACACAUGCAGCACAUGAGAGCAGCGAUGUGUCCUUGUUCAGACCGCAUGGAAACGCUUUUAGAAGGGAAAACAAGGGUGAAGAGAUUGAAGAAGAAGUCUUUGUUUUUAGAAGCAAGGGAAGUGUUUGCAGGGCACGGUUGAUUCGGUUCGGUUGAUUUUCAAACAUUUUCAUACCCACAAAAAAGGAGAUUAAUUUAGUAGAGCAGAAAGAGCGAGUUGCGAGGUGCAUGUUUUGUGUUAAGUUGGUGUAUGUGUUUGGUGUGGUUUGAACAGAACGUACAAAUUUUUCGUCCAUAUUACCGAGGUACCGGGAAAGAAAAUUCUGCUCAGAGCGGGCGCAUAUAUACACAUUCUUAGCACACAAGAGCAACCAUUAUCUACAGAGUGGGGGGAAGCAAAAACUGCAGGAGAAGUUAGUAAUGUAUACAUAUGAAUUACAAGUGAGAUGACAGUAGUAACGAACAUAUUGUGUAACGUGAAACAGGAGCUAAACAACCGAAAAGGAGAUGCUGUGUAGCAUGUAGAAAUUUAAACGAACUUGUUAGAAACGAACACACACACACACACACACACGUGCCGGUUGGCAAUUUGGUUUCCUCCAGCAUCCCGAUUAGUAUCACCCACGUCUCGUCGAACGUUGAUACAACUCGAGAGGUGAGAUUUGGACACAAUGAACCCACGAACGUUUUUGGUCAUGCGAACGAACACUGCUGAAUGAUAGAUGACCAAUAGUAGAAAUAUUAUCCCCCCCUCUUGUCCCUCUCCCAACAUACAAACUGAUGAUGUUGUUUUAAUCGUAGGAACUGAGCACUAAAAAAAAAAACAAACAACAAACCCUGGCAACAAUUGUGUACGCUAAAACCACAUGUUGUGAAACUAUAUUUUUGUACCGUUAAAUAUAGGAGAAAACAAAGAAACAAACUCUAUCUGUUAUUAAAAACGUUGCACGAUCGUUGGCGAUCCAAGGAGAAAUUGGGGUGUGAUCACGAUUUGUUGUAAACAAACACUAAAAAUCGCAUAAAAAUAGGGAUUUUUGUGUUGUUUAGGGGACAGGAAAACACACACAAAAACCCUCGUAAACACUACAAGUGAAAACACAAAUUCGCCAAUGCAACACGAGUUUUAGUAACUGCAGCAAACAAAGUAGAGAUCGCAGCAAGCGAUCAUUCAAUUCAAUUCGGAGAGUUCGAUUGGAGAAAAGCGACGAACGUGUACCAUUCGAUGAUAUGCAUAUGUGUGUUUUUGUGUGCGCGUGUGCGAGUGUGUAUGUGUGCGUGUAUUGAUGUAGCCGGCCAAAACGAAGGGAAAUGGGGUUGUGUUGUGACCUUUCCCCUUUUUUGGAUACGAUACGAUCGUGGACGUGGCUUACUACGGUGGAUGUAAUAAAUCCGAUUAAAACCAAAAAAAUGCGAAAAAUGCACAACAGAGAGUGGAUAGUGAAUGGAGUGUGUUUUAUUGCUUAACGAGAAUACAAACUACUACAAACAAACACGCACAACAAAUAGUCUUUCGCCCAGCUUUAGUUUGCUACCAACUUACGAGGAAGCUUGCAUUUUAUUUACAGCAUUUAUGACGCAUUAUUAUCAUUUUGUUUUGUGAGGCAUAUCAAUGUCCGUUUAACGUUAUUACAGUUUGUUUUUACUACAUUCAUGUUGUUGUUUUUUUUCUUAAAUCAGUGUUUCGUUUUUUUCGUCAAUCUGGCACUGUUUUACAGGAACAGGAGAGCUGGUAACAUCAAGCAAAAGAAAAUUUUGGAUAAUUUUUAUAAAAACAGGCUAUGAAGAGUUUCUGGCAUUAAAAGUCUUAAUAUAUAAACAGGAUACAGAGACAGAAAGAGAACUGCUACGCUACGAGUGCAUAGCACAAAACAGUACACAAAAAACACAGAUAACAUAUGUUUUUAAUUAACUAAACUAAUCGAUAAAGGGCACAAACACAACAGCGGAAGGUUAAACGGAAACAAACCCCUUUUCUAAAAUUACUAAACUUCUAACAGGUUGCACACAACAGUAGACAGCUGCUUAGGCUGAAGCAGCUGGCGCUACCUCUGAAACUGGUGGCCUGUCGUUAUGUCGUCGUCAGUAUCUCAUGUCGUUUCGGUAGUGUCUUUUCGCAAAUUUUGUUGUUCGCACUGUCGUGCGCCCACACACACACACACACACUAAACACUCGGGAUGUGAUGCAGCACGCUUUUGCAUAAACACACAUACACACUUACACACGCGUGCUUUUGGCAAAAGAGGGACACACAUCCUCGAUCGUGCGGUGCGACACGUGCGAUGGAACCCAGUGGAACCGAGUAAAGUAUAUCGUGAGCCGUGUAUUUCUCUCCCUCUGAACGGUAAAACAUCCGCGACUCGCUGUGGGAUGCGCUUUCGUGCUUCUUCUUGUGGUACGACAACGUUACGUUGUGUUACGUUAACGUUACACGUUGAAUUUCUCCGAAACGGAACAAAAAUGCAUGCAUUGUGAGCAGGUCCGUGUCCAAUAGCACAGUUCGAUACGAUUUCGUGUCUUCAUCCUCUACACUACAUCUUAUUGCGGGAUUGAUUUAUGUUCUUUUUUUUUUGCUUCUAAGUUUCACAAUUUUUCUCUCUUUUUUACCAAAAAAGGAUACAAGUUUUGUUUUCAGCUACUUUAUCCUGCUUUUGUGUUUUAUGUUUGUUUUUCACCCCCGAAGGAAUUUGCUUUAACGUUAUGGGUUAUGUCGUCUUGUUCGUUAUUAUUUAUCAUCAUCUUCAUCAUCAUCAUGAUCACAGCGAAGAACAUGUUGUAAUUUAUCGAUCAAUUUGUUUAUUGCUCAUCUUUGGUCUGUUUUGUUUCUUCUUCUUCUCUUGUUCUGCUGCUUCAGCUCCUCUCCACAGUUUGCAUACGUUGCUUUGUUUUACCAUAACAAAAUUAAACCAUUUUAUCUCAUCUUCGCUUCUUGCUUAGUUCGGUGUCCGCUUUUCCGGGGCAGUUGUUCUGUGGAUCAUUGGAACGGCGGAGGUUGGUGAGAGAGGGAAGGAUACACA